AUGGACCGUCGAUGCGGCCCAGCACCUUCUAGAUCGCCAAUCUCUCAGAUCCCCGCCUCCGUCUCUCUCUUCACAAAGCGUCCGUUCCCCUCCCACUGUCCUCUCGGUUUCGCGUCAACAACCAUCAUUAGUGGUCAUCGUCAGGCGAGGUACCGCUGUCGUCCUCCACGCCUCUCUCCCCCCUCCCCGCCAAUGGACGCCAUAUCCCGGCCCCCCGCCGCCCCCCUCUCCGCGCGCCGAUGGGUGGUGGGGCACAAGAAGUGGGCCCCCCCCGCCGCCGCCCCCCCGCCUGCUUCCGCCUCCUUCGGCUCCUCUCUCGCCGACUCCUUCCUUCUGUCGCACGCGCCGUCCCACUCGUCGCACGUCCCUUCGCACCCGUCGCUCGUCUCGUCGCACCCGUCGCACGGCGGCAGCUGGGCCAACGGGAGCGUCGUGGAUGGAAGCUGCGGGUUUGAGGGGUCUCAGCGGGGGCGCGCGGAGGAAGGCUGGUCGGGCGCGCGCAACAGCUGCGCGCGGCAUGACGGGGAUGCGGCGGUGCCGGGGGGAGCGCAAGCGGAUGCCGGGUGGCGGAAACGGAAAAGCCAUCUAUCCGACACUGCCGACGACUCCGCCUGUCUGACAUCAUCACAUGGCCCUCACGCCCCCGCCUUUGCCCUGCCGCACGCGGCCGUCGCGCCGUCGCACGCGGACUCCCCUUUUGCGCAUCCAUCCGCCUCCCCGCCCGCUCACGCCACCCGCUGGGACGUUCCCCUUUUCUCCGCCAAGCGCGCAUGCCUCGCGGCGGCCUCGCACAGGCCCGCGGAAGGCGCGGCAUGGGCGGAGAGGCCAGGCGCGUGGGGGGCAGGGCCAGCGGCUUUCGAAGCGCAAGGUCGGGCGGCGGCGGCGGCGGCGGCGGUGGCGGGGAAGGCGGAGGGCAGAGGCGGCGCGUGGCGCGCUCUGAGCGCAUCGUCGGUCGACUUCGCGCCGCAUUCUUUCCAGCCAAUCGCAGAGUCAGAUUUGCUUCUGGAGGCGUCGGGCAGCGGAGCGCCGCUUGCGUUCGCCGUGGGCGCGGCAGCGGGCGCGCACGGUGACGGGCGGGGGGGCCUCCACCAUCCCGCGUCCUCCGCGCGCAGCAUCGGCGCGUCAAUGGAGAGCGGCGCGCGCACGCGGCGGGUGGUGUGCGCGCGGGGCAGGAAGCGGCGGGGAGCGGGGGUGGAUCCGGGGCAGCAGGUCGCGAUGGCGCGGGGAGCGGGCGACCCAGGCGCGCUUAUCGAGGCGGGCGGAUGGGCGGCAGCGCAAGGGGAAGGAGAGCAGAACUCGUGCGCGUAUGGUGGGGAAAGGGCCGAUGCGGAGGGCGGGGAAAGGGCGGAGGAGGAAGCGGAGAGGAGGGAAGGAGGAGUCGGCGCAGAGAGCACCCCGCGACCGAGGAGGCGGAGACGAAAGGUGGGGCUAGUGGGGGUGGCGGAGGAAGGGGAGACGGCGGAGGAUGAGCGGGAUGGGCUAGCUUCGUCGGCGAGGCGGCCUCCAUCCGCGCAUGCGCCCGUGCUUGCGGGAUGCGCGUCGGCAGGCACGGCGGGCGGCGGGCCAGCAGGGAGUGCGAGCGUGGAUGACGGCCUGCGCGCAGGCGGUGCCGCGAUCGGCGGCACGUGUGCGCCGGCGCCCGCGGAGUGCUGCGCGCGCGAGGGGAGCAGCGGGGACAGCAGCGGGGGCAGCAGCGCGUGCGAGCGGGAGAGCACGGGCAGCGAGCAGCGCGCAGGGCGGAGGCGGAACGCGCGCGUGCUGCAGGAAUCAGUGAACGGCGCGCGCAGCGAGGGGCUACGCGAUGAUGACGGGGAGGCGCGCUGCGGCGAUGACGACCGUGGAGACACGCGGCAACGGCAGAGGCAGCGGCAGAGACCAAACGGAACAGCGGGGGGAGCGGGAGCAGAGGAGGCGGACGAGGAGGCGGAGAUGAGGCGGCGGUUCAGCGUGGUGGUGCAGUCACAGGUGGUGGGUGGCGAGGAGGAGGACGGACCACUGGAAGGGGAGGCCGAUAGGUGCAUGGCGGACCACGUAGGGGCGGCCAAGUUUGUCCUCUCCUCUGGGCGAACACUCUCAGCAGGUGGAUGCCAAACUCUUGUUGCACUUGUUCAAAGCUCACUUUAUUCCUCCUCUCCUUGCCCACCUCUCCCUCCCUUUGCUCUCACACCCAAUGCCCCCACCCCUCCCGCUCCCAGCCCCCCCUCCCUCCACACUCCCCUUGCCCCCCCUUCAAUGCUUUUUCCUUGCUCUCUUCUGCUCUGUGCUGCCCUGUGCUGCGCUGCGCUGCGCUUCGCUUCGCUGCGCUGUGUGGCGCUGUGCUGUGCUGUGCUGUGCUGUGCUGCUCUGUGCUGUGCUGUGCUGUGCUGUGCUGCUCUGUGCUGUGCUGUGCUGUGCUGUGCUGUGCUGUGCUGUGCUGUGCUGCUCUGUGCUGUGCUGUGCUGCUCUGUGCUGUGCUGUGCUGUGCUGUGCUGCUCUGUGCUGUGCUGUGCUGCUGCUGUGCUAUGCUGUGCUGCUCUGUGCUGUGCUGUGCUGCUCUGUGCUGUGCUGUGCUGCUCUGUGCUAUGCUGUGCUGCUCUGUGCUGUGCUGUGCUGCUCUGUGCUGUGCUGUGCUGCUCUGUGCUGUGCUGUGCUGCUCUGUGCUAUGCUGUGCUGCUCUGUGCUGUGCUGUGCUGCUCUGUGCUGUGCUGUGCUGCUCUGUGCUGUGCUGUGCUGCUCUGUGCUAUGCUGUGCUGCUCUGUGCUGUGCUGUGCUGCUCUGUGCUGUGCUGUGCUGCUCUGUGCUGUGCUGUGCUGCUCUGUGCUGUGCUGUGCUGUGCUGUGCUGCUCUGUGCUGUGCUGUGCUGUGCUGUGCUGUGCUGUGCUGCUCUGUGCUGUGCUGUGCUGCUCUGUGCUGUGCUGUGCUGCUCUGUGCUGUGCUGUGCUGUGCUGUGCUGCUCUGUGCUGUGCUGUGCUGUGCUGUGCUGUGCUGUGCUGUGCUGCUCUGUGCUGUGCUGUGCCGCUCUGUGCUAUGCUGUGCUGCUCUGUGCUGUGCUGUGCUGCUCUGUGCUGUGCUGUGCUGCUCUGUGCUGUGCUGUGCUGCUCUGUGCUGUGCUGUGCUGCUCUGUGCUGUGCUGUGCUGUGCUGUGCUGCUCUGUGCUGUGCUGUGCUGUGCUGUGCUGUGCUGUGCUGUGCUGUGCUGUGCUGUGCUGCUCUGUGCUGUGCUGUGCUGCUCUGUGCUGUGCUGUGCUGUGCUGUGCUGCUCUGUGCUGUGCUGUGCUGCUCUGUGCUAUGCUGUGCUGCUCUGUGCUGUGCUGUGCUGCUCUGUGCUGUGCUGUGCUGCUCUGUGCUGUGCUGUGCUGCUCUGUGCUAUGCUGUGCUGCUCUGUGCUGUGCUGUGCUGCUCUGUGCUGUGCUGUGCUGCUCUGUGCUGUGCUGUGCUGCUCUGUGCUAUGCUGUGCUGCUCUGUGCUGUGCUGUGCUGCUCUGUGCUGUGCUGUGCUGCUGUGCUGUGCUGUGCUGCUCUGUGCUGUGCUGUGCUGUGCUGUGCUGCUCUGUGCUGUGCUGUGCUGUGCUGUGCUGUGCUGUGCUGCUCUGUGCUGUGCUGUGCUGCUCUGUGCUGUGCUGUGCUGCUCUGUGCUGUGCUGUGCUGUGCUGUGCUGCUCUGUGCUGUGCUGUGCUGUGCUGUGCUGUGCUGUGCUGUGCUGCUCUGUGCUGUGCUGUGCUGCUCUGUGCUAUGCUGUGCUGCUCUGUGCUGUGCUGUGCUGCUCUGUGCUGUGCUGUGCUGCUCUGUGCUGUGCUGUGCUGCUCUGUGCUGUGCUGUGCUGCUCUGUGCUAUGCUGUGCUGCUCUGUGCUGUGCUGUGCUGCUCUGUGCUGUGCUGUGCUGCUCUGUGCUGUGCUGUGCUGCUCUGUGCUGUGCUGUGCUGUGCUGUGCUGCUCUGUGCUGUGCUGUGCUGUGCUGUGCUGUGCUGCUCUGUGCUGUGCUGUGCUGCUCUGUGCUGUGCUGUGCUGCUCUGUGCUGUGCUGUGCUGCUCUGUGCUGUGCUGUGUCUAUCAGAGGGACUGCCAGCGCCCAAGAAGAAGCCCACCAUUGAUGACGAGUUUGAGCAGUACUUUGCGCAGCUGCUCUUGUAG